AUGAGUGCGGUAUCGUUAAUCAGCAAGUAUGUUGGUCAUGAUAAGCAAUUGGAAAUUAUAGAGAGUCUUUCUACGAAACUAACCGAUAAUAAAGAUGAUGUCGAUGUUUUGGUGGAACUAUUGCAUGGUGUUGAAAUCAAUGACAAAACUGUUGGUGCUAUAUCAGAUUAUUGUUACAAGAAUUUGUUAGACAGAGAAUACAUUGGUUCAAUAUCAAAAUUAAUUAAUGCAUUACCCAGAUUGGAGAACCAAAUUCUUGAUCAAGUUACAAACUUAACUAAACUUUAUAUUCACAAACACAAAUCUGAUUUUGGGUUGACUUACUGUCAAUUAUUCGACAUAAAGUCAGACAUGAAAGAGGAGCAAGAUAUAUCUGAACGUGAUAUUAACGUAUUGUUUGCUUUAAUGAGCAAGAUAUUUCAAAAACAAACUCAAAAUUUGGUUCUUCACUUGGACCAUUUGCUUUUGCUUUUGUUGGGAACUGACGAAAAGAUUGUAUCAAGUGAAGCAUCUAACUUGUUGAGGUGGAGAAUUGAAGUGUUACUGAAUAGUUCGAGCCAGUUCGACUUGAUGUGGAAGAUAAUCUUCACCUUAGAGUCAUCAGAGUCAUCGUUCCAGCAGUCAUCAGCAUUUACUCUCUGGUUGAGAUAUCUCAAUAGUAGUAGUGACUUGCAACACAAUGCUGAAUAUCAGAACCUUUUGCAAACAAAUCAAUAUUGGGCCAUUCUUCAAUCCGGGUUGACAAGUACUAUUCAUGAACACAGGAAAUUUUCAGUAUCCAUAUUGCAAUUAUCGAUCAGAUCAAUCAACAGUGACUUGAAUAACAAUUUUAUCAAAUGGGAUAACGACAAAACCAACGCCUACUUGAAUGAAUGGGCAAGAUAUAUCACUCUUUACGAAAUAUUAGCCAUUGAUACAUCCCUCCAUCAAGCUGAAGCAGGAUUUACCGACAUCACUGGGUUAAUCUCCCCCAAUUCUUUAAUCCAACCAUCUUGGGGAUGGUGUUUGUUAUCAACAGGCUUUACUGCAACUAUCGACUCAGUCAGGAAACUCACUAUCAGAUUGUUAUUGUCAAUACCUUUGCAAAAUUUAUAUCUCAUUAAAGAUGCAUUACCCAUUUUAGAGAAAUCAUUUUUGCCAAAUUUGAUGAUUGCUGCAAAUAUGAAUGUGAAGGUAAUCAAUGGGAAAGUUGAGUGCCAAUAUGCCUACCAAUUAAAAGAUUUGAUAACCAAUAUGGUGAAAAACUUGAAUGUAGAAAAGGAUUUUCAGGCUGUUGCUUUAUCCAUGUUGCGUGUUUGUGCUGAUUUCAAGCACAACUUUGCUCCAACCAGAAUCUUGAUUAUGCACGGUUUAGUUGAUGGAUUGCAAGGGAAGAAAGUUUUACAAUACGGCGUACAUGAUGUGCCAUUGUUGGAACUUUUUGAAAUUAAAUCAGAAGGUGCAUUACUUGAAACUUAUAGUCAAACGUUGAACUUGCGCUUGUUGCUCAAUUUUCAACCGAAUUUGUCAAAAUUUUUACAAUCAUUGAACAAGUUUACUCGAUUCAACGGGGUUACCUUGUUGCAUAAAAAUUUGAGUCUUUUUGAGAGUUACUUUAGUGAGAACAAAGGUUUAGGGACUUUCCUUGAGAAUUGCGAAGAUGUUGACUUGAAAGUGUUACUACUCGAUAUAUCAAAUCAGACCUUUUUCUUGUCAAAGACACAGCCGUUACUAUUAGCCAAGUUGUUGGAAUCUGGUUUUAGAAAAGCAACAUUAAAAUCAAUUACAGAAGAGCUACAAGAGUUGGUCAAUCUGGAUGAUAUUGCUGUUGUUGAAUGUCUCUCCAAUGCUGACUAUGAGGAGUUUAAUUUUGCAGUACCACCACGGGAAAAAAUACUUCAAUUAUGGUCUCAAAUUGAAUCCGAUUUACAAUCACAAGAUUUGACGAUCUUAAACAACGUUUACUUCAAAAUGAAACUUUUUAAUAACCUUUUUCAAAAUUCCGAUUUUCAAUUUGAGGACCCAAAGAUCAUAGUUAAUCUCAAGAGCAAUUUGCUAACGAAUACUGAUGAUUUCACGAAAUCAGAUAAAUUUUUUUACAAGAGCAAAGAUAGAAUUGAUGGAGAAUACUACACCGCACUACAAACUAGUUUUCAAAAAGAUUCUACUUUUUUCAAGGCAGCUUUCAACACGUUUGACUCAACCUCGUUCAGCUACACUGGCAAUUGCGCCAUGGUGAAGUUGAUUCAACAAUAUCUCGAAACCUCAUCAGAAGUACAACAGCAAACUCAGAUUGUUGAAUUCUUGUCAGAAUUAUGGUUUGGAGUGGUUGAAUCAGGCAGAUUACAUUUAAGUCAACGAGAUUUACAACUAUCAAUUAUUAAAGCCUCAUUGCAUCCCCAAAUCAUUUUCCACAAAGACACAGCAUCCAAGUUGAAUGCAUUUUGUUUAUCAGUAUUGGAGCAUUCUGGAACUAGACGUAGUUUAUUGCCAGCACUAACACAAGCUCUAGUGCAUGCUCAAUUAUCCAACCAAGAGCAUUUUGAAAAAACAAAGUGGUUACCCGAAAUCUUAGUCAGCGGGUUUUUGGUUUAUCAAACAAAGACGUCAUAUUUCAAAGUGGUUGAUGUCAUGGCCGAUAUAUAUGACAAACAAGUGGCUUUAAAUGAAUCAUCCAAUAUCUACCAAGACGCAUAUGGACCAAAAGAAUUGAGUUCAAGGGUGAAUCUUAUGGCUAUAUUCAAUUCCAUUCAAUCAUCAGCGUUUGCACAAAGCAUCCACAACUACAUCGUUGAAAAUGAAGCCAAAUAUUCCCUUUUCAACCCACUUCGUACUACCGAUAGUUUUGAAGAAUGGAAUCGUUUACAACUUUACACGGUUUUGACAUCACUUGUUGAUAAGUUGGAAAUUGAUUUCGAUCUUAUUCUUGAACGUAUACCAACUGAACCAAGUCCAUUGGUGAGGAUGUACAUUGAAUGGAUUCUUGCAUACAAUUUGCUACAUAACGAAGACUGGACCAAGAGAGUCUUUGAUGAAUUGGCCACAAACAUGAGCAAUUUGAAACCAGCGGUUGCCACGUCCUAUUUGAGGAUUUUGUUUCUUAUGAUUUGCAAACUCAACCCAACAAGAGAAGGUGAAGUUUUGACCAAAUUUAUAAACAUUGUUGUUCCCGGAGCCACAUCACUGAAAAAGUUGAUUCGCCACUUUUCAUUAUCGUUAGUACUUUCCAUUCAAAAUGAAAUAACCAAGAAAAACUUACCAGUAGAUGAUAAUGUCAAAAGUAUCGUUGCCAACUUAUAUCACUCAGCAGUAACUUCAGAUUCGUUUGGCCAAUUUAGAAGUGGAGAUGCAUUACUUUGGGAUAUUGUUAAUGACUUGACGUUGGUGGCACUAGCCGGAGGAAUCGUGUUACGAUUAACAGAUCGAGAUGAUAUUGAUUUCAUAACGGAAUCCCAAUUUGAGGACAAUCUUUCACAAUCACAAAUCAAUCACUUGAGACAUCCAAUUGGAAAAGAUGAGAGAGACAUUUGGACUACACAACAACUCAACAAAAAGAAACCGAUCAUCUCCCCUAUUAAGUCGGUAGUUCAAUCACCAUUAUUGCAAACAAAGAGUGGUGCAUGGAAUACAGUAAUGGAAGUUGACAACGAAACCAAUACUGGUAAAGAAAUAACCCGAAGUGAUUUGAUUGUUGUUGCUUCGCUUGUUGAUAAGCCACCAAAUUUAGGUGGUAUUUGUCGUUUGAGUGACGUAUUGGGAGCUGGAUUAUUGACCAUUCAUGAUAUGUCAAUAAGUAAACAUCCACAAUUCAAAAAUGUUGCUGUUACAGCAGAUCAAUGGAUGCCAAUGAUUGAAGUGGCUCCAGAAAAUAUUAGAGACUAUUUACUAGAGAAAAAGAAGGAAGGGUAUACUUUGAUUGGACUAGAACAAACUGAUCAAUCAGUUGAAUUAAAUAACGAUUUGAAGUUCCCUCAAAAAUCAUUGAUUUUAUUGGGUAGAGAAAGGGAGGGUAUACCAGGGGAUUUAUUAGCUGAACUAGAUUUCUGUGUUGAAAUUAAACAAGUUGGUAUUGUAAGAUCAAUGAAUAUUCAAACGGCGACAGCCAUCAUUGUUCAUGCAUAUUCUACACAACACUGUUGA